UGACACUAAUGACAGUGACAUUUAUCAUAUGACAAUCGGGCGAGGUGUUUUCAUCUCGUGAGUUUUUAAUAAGAUUUAAAACAUCGAUUUUCGAUCAUGAAGGGGUGUCUUUUCAACAUCGACAACGGUUAUUUGGAAGGUUUAUGCCGCGGUUUCAAAUGCGGCAUACUAAAACAAUCCGAUUACCUCAAUUUAGUGCAAUGCGAAACCCUCGAAGAUUUGAAACUGCAUUUACAAGGCACCGAUUACGGCACGUUCCUGGCCAACGAGCCCUCCCCAUUGUCAGUAUCCACCAUCGAUUCCAAAUUGAGGGAAAAACUCGUAAUCGAGUUCCAGCAUAUGCGCAACCAAGCCGUAGAACCCCUGUCCACUUUCCUGGACUUCAUAACCUACAGCUACAUGAUCGACAACAUAAUACUUUUAAUCACCGGAACUUUACAUCAAAGACCCAUAGGCGAGUUGAUUCCGAAAUGCCACCCUCUCGGCAGCUUCGAGCAAAUGGAGGCCAUCCACGUCGCAGCCACUCCAGCGGAACUCUACAACGCCGUGCUAGUAGACACUCCACUGGCCCCUUUCUUCGUCGACUGCAUCAGCGAGCAAGAUUUGGACGAAAUGAACAUUGAAAUCAUCAGAAACACCCUGUACAAGGCCUAUCUCGAAGCCUUCCACACCUUCUGCAAGGACAUCGGCGGCACCACCGCCGACAGCAUGUGCGAAAUCCUCGCCUUCGAAGCCGACAGGCGCGCUAUUAUCAUCACCAUCAACUCUUUCGGAACGGAGCUGAGCAAAGACGAUCGCGCCAAAUUGUACCCUCGUUGUGGUAAACUCCAGCCCGACGGUUUGGCUGCUCUGGCUAGAGCCGAGGAUUACGAGCAAGUCAAAGCCGUAGCCGAGUAUUAUGCAGAGUAUUCCAAAUUGUUCGAAGGCGCCGGGAACAAUCCGGGCGAUAAGACGCUGGAGGAUAAAUUCUUCGAGCACGAGGUGCGCCUGAACAUCAACGCGUUCAUGCAACAGUUCCACUUCGGGGUGUUCUACUCCUAUCUGAAGCUGAAGGAGCAGGAGUGCAGGAACAUCGUUUGGAUCGCGGAGUGCGUGGCUCAGAAGCACAGGGCCAAAAUCGAUAAUUACAUUCCCAUAUUCUAGGUUAUUUUUUGCGGUAUUAGAAGCACGCAGGGCUGGACCGGUUCCCUCUAAAUUCGAUGUUAAUAUGUCUCAAAGAAUAAUUGCCGAUAAAUUGGCAAUUGUUUAUUAAUUGGUUUAACUAAAAGUAAUAUAAUAUGUUUUGUUGUGUAUAAAGUAUUUUAGUAUAGGCAUAUCUUGUAAAUUCUAUUAUUCCAAUAAAACCAUAUCUACAAAUGUUUAAGUACUUCAUAUAGGAGGGCGGGGUGAAAAGUUCUCUUCAUUUAGAACGCUCCAGAAUCAUUUAGAAC